AUGGCCUCCAUAUUCAACCAGAUCCAGGGCCGAGUCCCUCGCCGCUACGUUGCGCUUGUGGCCUUCUUUUUCUUCGUCACCCUCUUCCUCUGGAGCGGCCUUGAUAUUGUGCCUCGGCCUUCCAACAACGUCGGCAGAUUCAAGUAUGUGCCCAGCAGCUACAACUGGGCCAAGGCCAAGGUCUAUCACCCCGUCAAGGACAUGAAGAUGCUGCCGCAGGGAACGCCCAUAGCCUUUCCCAAGGUGCAGCUGAAGAAUCAUUCAGAGAACCAAGACGCCACUUCCAGCACGCGGAAACUGGCCGUCAAGAAAGCCUUCAUCAAGAGCUGGGAGGCGUACAAGACCCAUGCGUGGGGCAAGGACCAACUGCAACCCCUCUCGGGCGGUGGAAAGGAUACCUUCAGCGGGUGGUUGGCACAGCUGGUGGAUGCGUUGGACACCCUGUGGAUCAUGGACCUCAAGGAGGACUUCAAUCUGGCGGUUAAAGAAGUGGCGGUGAUUGACUGGGCCACCACCCACGACAACAACGUUAUCAACCUGUUCGAGGUGACUAUUCGAUAUCUCGGCGGGUUGCUUGCUGCGUACGAUCUCUCCCAGGAGCCCGUCUUGCGUGCAAAGGCGAUUGAGCUUGGCGAUGCACUCUACGCCACCUUCGAUACCCCGAACCGUCUGCCGUCACACUGGCUUGACUACGCCAAGGCCAAGAAGGGCGAAACAACAGCCGAAGACAGCAUGUCGGGGGCCGCUGGUGGCACCCUCUGCAUGGAAUUCACCCGCCUCUCGCAAAUCACGGGCGAUCCCAAGUAUUACGACGCCACGGAGCGCGUCAAGCAGUUCUACUAUCGCUUCCAGAACGAGACCUCCCUCCCGGGCCUUUGGCCAGUGGCCAUGAACUUUCGCGAUGAGAAGAUCAUUGAGACUCGAUACACCCUCGGAGCCGGCGCCGAUUCCAUGUACGAAUAUCUGGUCAAGAUGCCCGUUCUUUUGGGGGGACUGGACCCCCAAUAUCCCGAAAUGGCCAUCAAGGCUCUCGAUACCGCCAAGGACAACCUGCUGUAUCGCCCCAUGACUCCAAAGGACGAGAACAUUCUCAUGGCUGGAAAUGCACUGGUGGACCACGGCAAUGUCGAGCGUAUUUAUGAGAUGCAGCACCUGACUUGCUUCGCGGGCGGCAUGUAUGCAAUGGCUGGCAAGCUCUUCAAGCGAGACGACUUUGUCGAUCUGGGCUCCCGCCUCUCGUCUGGCUGCGUGUGGGCGUAUAACUCCUUCGCCUCUGGCAUCAUGCCCGAGGCGGCAGAUCUGGUGGGCUGCAAAAAACUCGACGGGCCCUGCCCAUACGACGAAACUCUUUUGCCCCUGAGUACUGACCCGAGACUACCCCCGGGCUUUGUGAAUGUCAAGGCUAAGCACUAUCUCUUACGGCCCGAAGCCAUCGAGAGUGUUUUUUACAUGUACCGCAUUACCGGGGAUCAGGUUUGGAGGGAUACGGCGUGGAAGUUGUGGGAGAACAUUGUCAGGGAGACGGAGGUGGAUCUGGCGUUUGCCAUUGUUGAAGACGUUACCGUGAGCAAGGGCGCCAACGGCGACGUGAUGGAGACGUUUUGGCUGGCUGAAACGCUCAAGUACUUUUACUUGAUUUUCGACGAUGAGGGCGUCAUCGACUUGGACGAGUGGGUGUUUAACACGGAGGCCCAUCCGUUCAAGCGGCCGGUGGUGUGA